AUGAAUUUUGUAAAGAAGUGUAAGAGGGUAUUGGGAAGCAGCAAGAGUUUGUAUGAUCCACAAGACAGUAGUAGAAGUGGAAGCUAUGGAAGAUUAUCAGACAAGUGUCACAAAAAGCAAAAAGAUAAUACUAAGAAACCACCAAAUGGUUGUCUUUGUGUCUACGUUGGACCUGAGAGACAGAGAUUCAUAAUCAAGAUCAAAAUAUUCAAUCACCCUUUGUUCAAAACAUUUUUGGAAGAUGUUGAGAAUGAAUAUGGUUACAGAAAUGAUGGUCCUCUAUGGCUUCCUUGUCAUGUUGAAAUGUUCUGUGAAGCACUUGUGGAGAUAGAGGGUCACAAACACAGCUCAGUUUCACAAUAUUCUCCAUCGUCUUGUCGUUCUAACUUGAGCUCAUGGGAUGGAAAUUACGAGGUUUUGGAAUGA